UGGAACUGACCAAGCAUCUCGCCAAAGACCAGCAGAUCUAUAAGAUGCAAAGUCGUUCCACUGGAUUUCAAAAUGACUCCGCCUUUGUCCAAGGACGUUGCGGUGAAAGGGGGAAGAGUAGCAUGCUAAGUGGAAAGGUGGUGUUUAGAACUUACAGCAAUCAGCUCAAAAAUUAAUGCAAUAGCGUUCCACAAAAACUCAAUUGGUUCCUUCAUCGUUCCAGUUUCGAAGACAUCUUUUAAAAAGAUGGUUUGGUGCUGUGUUGCCGAGCCCCUCGGCCCCGAAGAAUCAGCCCACCUUGAUAUUCUCGACGACAAAUAUCGCGGCCAGCGCCUUGCCGUAGGAAAAAGUGGAAUCCAGCCAAUACCCUCAAAUUCGGCGAAACCGGACCCCUACGACAGUCUCGUUUCGGUCACCUGCCCAGCCGGAGUUCGACCUGGUCAAAUGCUGCAAGUCAACUCACUAGAUGGAACCCGUGCCGUGCACGCCUUAGUUCCCGAAGGCGUUCGCCCUGGUCAGACCUUUAUUGUAGAAUUUCCUCCACAGAAAGUAUUCGGGCGUGUCAUGCAGGCGGAGCCCGUUAAGCCUCCGCCUUCGUUCGAAAACUCUUUGGAUGACUGGUUGACGUCCGAGGCGCAGGUUCCUGUGGCCACGGAGCAACGAAACGAGGAAACUCAUGGAACUCUGCAACCAGUCCCAGCCUGGGUAGCGCCAUCCUCCGCUGCACCCAAAAGAAAUGAAAAAGGAGAAGCUCGGGAACCGCCAGUGAGUCCCAAGCUCCCCGAAAAUCCGGUACAGUCUUUUCUGGAAAAGAUUGAAGAUUUUCUAGCUCCCACUCCCGACGUUGUACCGGCCCCUAUGCCCAAGAAGAGUAUGGCCCGUACAAAAGAGGGAAAGAAAGGAACUACCAGAGAAAGGAAACGACCGGAAGUAUUGGCUCGUAAAGACGCGGUAGAAAGCCGCCGCCAACCGUCCCCUCCUCAAAGCGAAGCGCAACAGAAACUGCUCUUGGUACACAUCCCUCCAGGCUUAACGGCGGGAAGCUUUAUGCAGGUAGAAAUUCCCGGGGAACAUCGUGCGCUCAUGAUCACGGUACCUCCCAAUACGACAUCCUUUCACGUGGCCUACACUCCCUUGCAGGCUCCACCAAUGACUUCGGCUGUUUCCCGGACUUCUGCCACGAGUCACACACCCGUUACACCGCAACCCGUUCCAGCGAACCAGAAAUUAUUACUUGUCCGUGUGCCAUCCGGUACUUCGGCAGGUACGUUAAUGCAUGUAUCGGUGCCCGACGAACCUGGUCGUAUCUUGGCGGCUCAAGUCCCUGCCGGGAACGUUACAGAAUUUCACGUUUCUUACGAACCCCAUCCCCGAGUUGACAGUCACGACCGUCAGGCAGCCAACACUCUUCGCAGGAGUGUCAUUGCUACCCAUAUUGUCUUUGCCAAGCUUGGACUGGAGCAAUUUUUUUUUUAG